AUGUCGGCAACUGCUGUGAUGACCAGCUCGGCGCCUAACACGCCACAGAUUCAAAGCCUCCGUCUCAAGGCGUUCGCCGCCGACGAGACCACCGAGGAGCUCUCCCUCGACGCCCUCGAAGACGACGACACGUCGGAGGAGACUGCCACCCCCGACACAUUCGAUCGCAAUUCCAUCUCUGAACUCGUCGCAUCCCACGGCUCCUCCUCAUCCACCGCAUGGCUCGAGUUCUCCCGCUACAAGAUCUGGCAGGCUUCCAAGUCCAUAGCACCGUCCACCUUCGUACCCGUGCAGGGCUACAUGCGCAAGGGCAACUGGGUCUUCGCGUGGGGCAACCCGAUUGUCAGUACUCCCGACGCGCUCGAAGCAGCCGCUCGCGCUUUCGUGCAGUACAUCUCCUCCCUCGACUCGAAGCUCAAGGUCGUCUGGGUCUGCGUAGACCAGGCGAUGGAGCGCGCGCUCGGCGAGAUGCUCGGCUGGAGCACCGUCCACUGCAUCUACGAGGAUGUCAUCGAUCCGCGCCGGGUGAUCGAGGUCGUUGACGCGCCCGAGAAGAAGAACAAGCGAGGAGAGGAGACGAAGAAGUUGAGCAAGGAGGAGAAGGAGCACCAGGAGAUCAUCAAGGACCUCAAGAAGAACCUGCGGCGCGCGGAGAAGGCCGGUGUUACUACCGGCGAGGUCGUUGGCGAGCUCUCUGAGGAGGACCGCGUCACGAUCGAGAAGGGGAUCGACGACUGGAAGAAGCACCGCCACGGUAUCCAGAUCGCGUCCACCACCAUGGUGCCCUGGCUGGACAAGGAGCACCGUCGGUACUGGCUGGCGCGGGACGCGAACAGCAAGCCGAUUGCGAUCUUGAUCCUCACCAAGAUCAACGCUCAGCCCCACGCGCCGACACCAGACACGUCCUUGUCCUACAUGCACGGCCACCCCGAGCACCCGCACCACAUCUCCUACCAGAUCAAAAACGCUGUCUCCUUCCCCGACGCGCCCAAGGGCACGUCCGAGAAGCUCAUCUACUCGGCACUUCGCGACCUCGACCGCGAGCAGACGCAACUCGGUCGCUACACCGUCACCUUCGGCAUCUCCGCCGCAAACUCGAUGGUGCCGACGCACAACCUAAGCGGCUGGAAGGUGCACACCUUGUCGAACACCUACAACAAGGUCGCGAAGUCCACCGGCCUGCUCAACCGCCUCGAGUUCCGCAAGAAGUUCGAGAGCAUCCACGAGCCCAUGUUCGUCUGCUACCCCGAAGACGGCUUCGGCCUCGACGGGGUCAUGGCGCUCCUGAAGGCCUUGAGGAAGUAG